GUGUAUUGCUACUUCAUGCAGGUUACAUCCCCCGACGGUAAUACGGUCCAUACAUUGAAAGGAACACCGGGGGAUAAAUUUGAGUUUAAGGCCUCCAGAAGUGGAAUGUACAAAUUCUGUUUCCAUAAUCCUUAUUCUACACCAGAAACAGUCUCUUUCUACAUUCACGUUGGUCAUAUUCCCAGUGAACAUGACCUCGCCAAGGAUGAACAUUUAGACCCCAUCAACGUCAAAAUUGCUGAACUGAGGGAGGCAUUGGAGUCUGUUACAGCAGAGCAGAAGUACUUGAAAGCACGUGAUGGUCGUCAUCGUCAUAGUAAGGCCUGCUUUCAUUUUUUUAUGUAAUGUGUUGCCUAUGUUAAUAUGAUGCAAAAUGCUAUUUUCUAUCAUAUUAUUUGGUUGCUUUCUGUCUUUUAGCAUUUAAUGUAUGCUUGUCCAAUGUUCUGUCACAUGCUUUAUGGUUGUCGAAGUCCGAAACUUAUUAAGGCUUGAUAUUUGAUGUUUGUCUAUUACAAUAU